GGAGUUUGUGUGGCCGCCGCCGCGGGAACGUGAGCCCGGUAAUUUUUCAACGGAGAAAGGCGAGGCUUUCGGGCUUGGCCAGUGAGAGGGAGCGAGUGCCGGGCUCCAGCGGCUUUCUUCUUACGUGACCCCCGGCAUGGAGGAGGAGCAGAGCAAAGAGCCCGGCGGCGAGGCCGUGGCUCCCGCGCGGCGGGAGGAGCCGCGGCAUCCGAAUCCCGAGAAAAAGCAACGAUGUAGAUUUGAUGGCCAAGAAACAAAAGGAUCUAAGUUCAUUACCUCCAAUUCAAGUGAUUUCAGUGACCCAGUUUACAAAGAGAUUGCCAUUACGAAUGGAUGCAUUAACAGAAUGAGUAAGGAAGAACUCAGAGCUAAACUUUCAGAAUUCAAGCUUGAAACCAGGGGAGUAAAGGAUGUACUGAAGAAGAGGCUGAAAAACUAUUACAAGAAGCAGAAGCUGAUGUUGAAGGAGAGCAGUUGUGCUGACAGUUACUAUGACUACAUUUGUAUCAUUGACUUUGAAGCCACUUGUGAGGAGGGCAACCCACCUGAGUUCAUCCAUGAAAUAAUUGAAUUUCCUGUUGUUUUACUGAAUACUCAUACCUUAGAAAUCGAAGAUACGUUUCAGCAGUAUGUGAGACCAGAGAUUAACACACAGCUUUCUGAUUUCUGCAUCAAUCUAACUGGAAUUACUCAGGAUCAGGUAGACAGAGCUGAUACCUUCCCUCAGGUACUCAAAAAAGUAGUUGACUGGAUGAAAUUGAAGGAAUUAGGAACAAAGUAUAAAUAUUCCAUAUUAACAGAUGGUUCAUGGGAUAUGAGUAAGUUCCUGAACAUUCAGUGCCGGCUAAGCAGGCUCAAAUACCCUCCUUUUGCUAAAAAGUGGAUCAAUAUUCGAAAGUCAUAUGGAAACUUUUACAAGGUUCCUAGAAGCCAAACCAAACUGACAAUAAUGCUUGAAAAACUAGGAAUGGAUUAUGAUGGGCGGCCUCACAGUGGUUUGGACGAUUCUAAGAACAUUGCCCGAAUAGCAGUUCGAAUGCUUCAGGAUGGAUGUGAACUCCGAAUUAAUGAGAAGAUGCAUGCAGGACAGCUAAUGAGUGUGUCCUCUUCAUUACCAAUAGAGGGCACUCCAGCCCCACAAAUGCCACAUUCUAGGAAAUAACAGCAUUUUUGUCCUUUUGCCGGUGGAUCGUUCUCUCUAACUGGAGUUGCUACAGAGAGGUAGCAGAUGAGUACUUAUUGCAUUAGUCCUACAGUGCAAGAUUUAAGCACCUUAAACAUUUAAAAUCUUAUUACAGUUAUAGCUCUAAUAUGUAUAUCAACAGAUUUAUGGGAAGGGCAUAUCGAAUUCUUUGUCACCAGCACUUUUGAUAUGAGCAGUAUUUGUUACACAGUAACAGUUCCUGCUUAGAACUCAAUUUUGUAAUUUAAGGUGUCCAAGAUGUGUUCCUUUUGGUUUUAAAAUGCAAAGGUUUAUUGGCUCUCCCCUUGAAUGUCAUAUCUUAUUGAUGUUAAGAUAUAUAAUGUAUUUCUAUGUUAGCAUCAUUAGAUCAAAUCAUUUCUUAAAAUGCAGAAAAGAUUGGAAGGUGGGCCUAAUCUAGCCUUUGGGUUUUAAGAAUAUCAUAGUCUUUUUAAUUUUUGAAGUUAAAAUGUGAAGUUCAGCUGUGUGUGGUAAAUUUCAUGAAGUACUUGGUACACAUAUCUACUUAGAUUUCUUUUCAAUUCAUAAUUGAGAAACUUGUGAUAGAUUAUAGGGUCUGGUUAAAAAUUCAGUUAAUGAUGAGAUUAUUGGAAAGUCAGAAGAAAAUACCAUUUAAAGGAAUAUAAGGGCUGUAGCUCAAACUUUAUAAUACAUAGAUAAAUCAGUGGGGUUUUUUCAGCUUGGUUUUUUGGUUUGCCUCCUUCUUGUGACACAUAUCUGCCCUAAUACUUAAAUCUAAGAGACCAUGCUUUGAAAUAGACUUAAAAUUGAGGAUUACCACUUAACUUUGCAUUUGUAUUCAACAUUAUGAGUGAGGUUAAUAAAGUCAAAUAAUGCUUUC